CCACGCACGAGGAGCGCCGCGACGUCAUCACCCGCUAUAUGCAGAAGCGGGGCUGCCGCCAGGGAUUCAACGGCUCUGCCGCUAAGGUACCGUCGAUGUAGGCCCUGGCAGAGCGGCGCCGGAGAGGCGCCGGAGGGAAGUUCCUUAGCAAGGAGGAGGAAGCGCAGAAAUCGUCUCUUGUGAAGAUCCAGCAAGCAUUAUGCCUCUGUCGCCGGCGCCCACGAGGUCCGAGAACGCCGCCGCUGCCAACCAGUUCCACGUGCUCAACUCCAGCAGCGGCGGCUCUGCCGGACAGGCCAGCCGCGCCCCUGCGUAUCUGCAGCUGCCGUCUCCACGAGGUAACACGCCGGCGGCUUAUAGGCAAUUGCCGUCUCCACGAGGUGACGCCGCGGCAGCUGCGGCGGCUGCAGCUUAUCGGCAGUUGCCGUCUCCACGAGGUGACGCCGCUCCGGCUUAUCGGCAGUUGCCGUCUCCACGAGCCAACGCCGCAACGUUGGGUCGUUCGACGCCGGUGCGCGCCAUGACCACCUACAGCCCACCGGUCACUGGCGGGGCCUCGGCGAUGGCACUGGCCCUGCGUCCUCAGUACGGAGCUGUGUCCCCGACGCAGCCGACACCGCCACCGCACUUGCUGCAGCAGCUGAUGAUCUUGGCUAGGUGGGGUGGCUCUUCUUCUCCUCGGACACCGUGGAUGCAGAGCUACGCACAUGCCCGCCAACCGCCAUCGCCGUUCUCCCCCUCCGGGAGAGCCCGUGGUAUGCCGCCACCUUCUGCUUCUCCUCGGAUACCUGCAGCUAGCACUGGUGCGGGCCGUGGCACUGUCACCUCCCUACAAAACGACGCCGGUGGUAGCCACACUAAACCCAGGGGCCGUGGCACAGUCGCAGCCGUACCAAGCGACGCCGGCGGAAGCCAUAGUAAUCCCAGGGGCUCUGGGGUCGGCCGUGGCGUCAUUUCAACCGUACAAAGCGACGGCGGCGGCAGCCAAUCAAAUCCCAGGGGCACCAGUGCUGGGCGCGGCAGACUGGCGGGCGCGAGGUCGCUCCAGAUCACCCCAGUCAAUACCACCAGCGUGCCACCGGCCGAGGUUAAUGGUGACACUGCCGCACUGCAAGUUCUGGGCCCUGUGCUGGCGAUGCCAACCACUGGAGCUGCUGCCAAAAGGAAGGCCGCCGUUCGGUCGCCGAAUGGCCGCCUACGGAAGCCCCGCGCGCCCAAGGGGAGCAGUGCCACUCCGGCUGGCCCCAAGAAGGUUGUCAACAAGAAGGCCCUAGUUGUGUCGUGUGAAACUGUGGGAACGCACCCUGGUGCCAAAGGCAUCGACCACCCGAAGGCUGUAUCCCUGGCGCCGCCGCCGGGCAAAGGCAGGAAGAGGAAGAGCGCGGCGUCCGGUGCCGCACCCAUGCCAGCAUUGACGGCGCCGACAAGCGCUGCAACCCGGUGCAGCCUCAUCGCUAGGAGGAACAGCAGCAGCAGCACAGUGGUGGCAGCGCGAGCAAAGAAGCACACCAUACUAACAUGGCUGAUCGAUGUUGGGGUGCUCAAGGAGAAAGAGAAAGUCUUCUAUGUGCCGGGUCCAGAGCUGGCCGCCACUGGCAACAACAGCAAUGGUAAGGUCGUCACCGGCACGGUCACCAGGGCUGGCAUCCAAUGCAGCUGCUGUGACACCGCCAUGCCGCUCCCGGCGUUCACGUCUCACGCCGGCGCUGAGACCUUGCAGCCGGUGUGGGAGCGGCUCCUUCUCAUGUCAGGCAAGCCGCUGCUGCGAUGCGUGCAGGAGGCAUGGGAGAAGGAGCACGUGAGGACGUUCCGUGCGGAGCAGAAGGCGAAGGCGGCGCUGGAGCAGGAUAGACAGAGAAGCGCGCAGGCCAAGAAGAAGCUGCUCGCCGCCAAUGGCAAUGGCAGUGCCAACUCCAGGCAGAACAGGAAGGGACCUCUUGCUUUAAAGGGCACCAAUGGUGGGGGUGGUGAUCGGAGCGACGACGCGUGCGGCAUCUGCGCGGACGGCGGACAGCUGUUGUGCUGCGACAGCUGCCCGUCCACGUUCCACCCAGAGUGCCUCGGCGUGCAGGUCCCCAAGGGAUCCUGGGUCUGCCACUACUGCCGGUGCUUUGUGUGCCUUGCCACCGACGGCGACCUGGCCACGUGCCAGCAGUGCACUCGCAAACAUCACCAACACUGCCGCCCAUCGCUGUUCGCUGGCCAUGAGAUCGGCCCCUACUGUAGUGAAACCUGCAAGAAGAUGGCCGCGAAGCUGUCAGAGAUGGUUGGAGCCAGCAACACCGCUGGUGGAGAUGGCUUCUCCUGGUCCCUGCUGAAGAUUCACAAGGACUCCUCCGCGACGGACUCCAUCGCCGUGCUGGAGUGCAACGCGAAGCUUGUGGUAGCGCUGGGCGUGCUGGACGAGUGCUUCAACCCCGUGAAGGACCGGCGGACUGGCAUCGACAUGCUGCGCCAAGCUGUGUUCAGCCUAGGAUCGGAGUUCAAGCGGCUGAGCUACGAUGGGUUCUACACCAUGGUCCUGGAGAAGGACGCGGAGAUCAUCUCGGUGGCAUUGCUCAGGUUUCAUGGUAGCAAAUUGGCAGAGAUGCCGUUCGCGGGCACGCUGCCGCACUACCAGAGGCAAGGAAUGAUGCGCCGCCUCGUCAACGCCGUCGAGCAGGUGCUGUCGACGUUGCAGGUGGAGAACCUGCUGAUCCCAGCGGUGGCCGAGGUGGUCGACACAUGGAAGCGGUCCUUCGGCUUCAUGCCCGUGGAACCGCGGCUCAGGGAGGAAGCCAACAGGCUCAGCACGGUUGUCGUCACCGGCACCACCCUGCUCCAGAAACACAUCAUCCCAAACACUGCCGCCCUCGCCGCGUCAUCCACAUCCUCGAAGCAGCAGGCAGAAGCUGAGAAGCAGGCCCAGGCGGCACCGGCGGCGCCGCCGAUGAGCGAGGACGAGCUGGCAUUCCUGGAGAUGAGCUGGCCGGUCUGCAGCUUCACUGACCUCGUCGCCGGGAUUGCCUACUCCCCACGGCCUCUCGGUGUGGAUCCGCUCAGCGCUGCGGUGAGGGGUCUCGUGGGCACCGGUGCUAUCCCGGGAAGGAGCUCUGCUGGUGGUGGCGCCAGCGGCCGGCAGUCCUGUGGUGGCGAGGCCGCGGGUGGCUCGGGCGGUGGCUGCAGCGGCAAGGUGUUCCAGAUGUCGAGCUACUCCGCGGCCGCGCGCAGCAGCAGUCUCCGGCUCGGUGUCAACAAGUGAAUUAUCUUGCCCUUCGUGCGCGAUGACUGAGAGUGCUGAAGAAUUUGCUGCGACUAUUGGUCUUUGACAGCGAAAUUUGCUGCCGACUUGAUUCCGUUAUGUUGUUGCCCGAGAAGGCCAAAAAAUAAUGCAAACUGAUCACUGUGGAAUUUUGACAUUCCAAGGUUACAUUCGUGGCUUGGACUUGGUUUGGGGAUGCAUAUGUUUCUGAACGAGAAGCUCGGCACGGUAUGAACUUUCCAAUAA